GCAGGAUUGUGAGAAGGAGAGUCGCACCAUCGACGUGUUUUCGCGGGAUGUCGUAAUCGUCGUGGUAUAUGUGCAACCAAUCGAACCAAGAAGUCUAUCAUGAAGAGCGAUGAUAUUCGGGUCGUUGUCGUGUAGUGCUGGGAAAGACGUCACUCGUCUCACGACCGAGUCGCACCUGGUAUUCAAUUUCUAAGUAAUCUGGGAGGUAAUACCAAAGCAAUACAUGUAACCCUCAGUAAAGUAGUGGUGAAGGCUUAUUCUUUAACUUUAUAGGACCCUUCAAUACAACAUAGAAAAAGUCAAAGUAAGUAAACUUCUUUUUUCGUUGCUUUGCGGCCUCGGGGAAGCUAGUAGAGGAAACGUAACCGUGCUAGCCUACAAAAAAGUACGAAUCAAUACUGAAAAGUCGGACUUCGAAGAAGUAGAAGCAAGAACGAAUAAUUGCAACACUGACACUGUGUAUAUACGUAUCGUAGACCUCGAGAUCGAGACACUUACUCGACGGCGCAAUAAAACCAACGUAGGAGGAUAAGAGCAUUGACUCGUCUCUCUUCUCACUGCAACACCCUGUGCCAGUACAGCUGCCUGCGCGACGUUCAAGAGGUGAGAAACUUACCAGCCAUACCUCGCUAAACAGGAGGGCGUCGACGGACACGAAUUUUUCAAUCGCAUCACGACCGCAGAAAUACAACUCGCCAAUACCAAAAUCGUGAUCAUGUUGCCGAUCGGAGCCGACUCCAAGUCCACAUCCAGCACCAUGGCGACAAAAACCAACACGGGCUUCCACAAAUGUGCCACAAAGGGGAAACCCAAGGCGGGAAGCCCGAAUUCGACGAAGACUCUCAACUCGUCUGGGCAAAAACGCGGACAGGCCGGAGCCACAAGUGCGAUGGAACUCGCAGCACUCGCAAUCAUCGCAACCCUGGCAUUGAUCGGUAUUGAGAUGAUUAUGUCUGGUUCUUUUGAGUUUUGCUUUUGUUUUUGUCACCGUGCGUGGUCGACUUUGCAGUUUUUUCCUGAUUCACAUUUUUUUUGUAUGUUGAGUUUGUGUGAAAGUGAAUUAGUUGAAAACCGGCGAGGACUUUUUGAUGUCAUGUACAUUGCGAUGCCACGUCAACUCAAGUCAUGCUCGUCAUGUCAGACUCAAUGAAUUUAUAUAUGCCACAUGCAUUCUGAUGAAUAUUUUAUUGACCAUCGGGAUCGGCACAAUAAAAGAUUGUCAUCACUACCCUCAGGUAUUCUGUAUGCGGUCCUCUCUGCAAAUGGCGGGCCGGAGGGAUCCGAUUUGGAAAUGAACCAAAUCGAAUUGCAGGACUUUUCCGAGCUUUCUAUGGGCUUUGAGUGGGCGAGCGGGAUGGAAAGUAUAUGUGAUGCUUUUUGAUUUUGUUUGUGUGAAGAUCAAGAUAGUUGGACUACAUCCUACUGGGUCCACUCCCCUCCGUUAAUUAUUUCUUGUGAUCUUCUGGCGAUGAUGGACUUUCGAGUGCGAAAAUGAAUAUGAUACGCUUUCGACUGCAUGUUGCCGGUCAUUUCAAAAUCAAAAUUAAAUGAAUUGCUGCAGUACUGGUGGUUAUAUGAUCGAUGAAAUCAAAUGCAAAUGCAAGAGUGUGAGUGCCCUGUAUCUGCAUGCAUAUGUUCCUGUUGUAAUGCUCCAACCAACGGCAAUCUGAACCUGCAAUUAAUCUCUCAGCUGAAGACGGUCCGCAGGCGCAGACGCGGAACCAGGCGAGCAGUGACACGUUGAGCGAAUUCUUCACCAGUACUCCGGGGGUCGCCUUUGAGAAGGUGCGGUACGACUCGCACCUGAACGAAGUCGCGUACCGCCUCGCCACCGGAACGUCGGAGCAGUCUGGAUCGGUAUGUUCUGGAUGAAAAGUAGUUUUCGUAGUUUUUAUAGAAGAACAAGAAGAAGAAGGAAGAGGAACUACACCGCACUGCAGCUGGGAAUGACAUUAAUACUAGAGCAGACGAUCCUUGCAGAACUGUUCUUUGUAUUGACCCAAACUGGGCCACCUUCAGCUUGGGCUUGAUAUAGCGUUUUCUGAAUCUUCGACCUGUCCACAACCAGGUUCCGAUGUCCGGCGCGCAGGACCAGCUCGUGACGAAGGAUUCGUCCACGGAUGCCCCCGUCGAAGAGGAGGAGUACAACCGUCGUCCCGCUUCCACGGGUGGCAGCGAAGUCCGCACCUCCGAAGACACGCGCAUCGAGGUCACCAUCGAUCGCUUGGGGAACAUCCUGCUGCCCGGUACUUGCUUCUGGAUUUGCGCUUUUACUUCUUCUACUUUCGCUAGAAGGUGCACGAUAUUAACGCUUAACGCUUUUGUCUUCAGUUGCUAGUUUUGUACGUGACGACGACGAGUGAUGGUUUUCUGUUCGACCGCAGGGUUGACUUUUCAAAUUCGAUUGGUCGAUUGACUCUGCAGAAGUAGAUUCUUGCUAUUUCACUUCUCUUUCAGGUGUGAUCAAGCUGCCCCACCGCCCGGAAAUCGCUUCCAAAUACAGCAACUACAUGAACUCGGACCCGGGGCAGCCCGGCAGCCGCCGCUUGGACCGCUGGACUGGGUUCGGCUCCCCGACGGAUGCGGUCUACGGUCCCUACGCCGACGAAUCCUUCUGGCACAAGGGGCUGCGGGUACAGUUCAUCUAAUUUUUUUUCAAAUUUGAAAGACUCCUUUUACUCGAAGCCAGCUCGUUUGACUUGCUUCUUUUUCCUACCAGGACCGUACGUAGAUAUUGAUGUUGAAGCACCGCCCUAUUUUCACGCACAAAGUUCCCGUUCCCUACAGGCCUACCGCAACAUCCGGAAGCAGACGAACGCCGCGUCGAUGGAGAACACGUUCAACAGUGGCGUGUUUAGUCACCGCCGCUGAGAAGAUCCAGCACAAGAAUUCUCGGGUUGACUUGGAAGCCAAAAAUUUUUUCAAUGUGAGAAAAAAUCGAUUGAAUUCUUCUUGAUUGUUUCGCUGCACGAAUUACACAGAUCGAUGCUGGUAGGUAUUAAGUCUCUUGAGAAUUAUAGAAGAGAAGAAAAUAAAAAUUGAAUAGCAACAAAAUCCUGUAAAAUGCUCUGGAAAUUGACUUAAUAGCAUUAGCGACCUUUAUUUGAUGUUGGUGCCGAAGUGCGAAGCUGGGCACAUCACAUCCAUGACUCACUGUAGACACGUUGUUGAUACAAUCAUAACCUAGUAGAGCUCGCUUUGGCCUUUUACGAACACUGUAGCUUAUUCUUCUGGUGCACGAUAGAAUAGUAUUUGCCUUAACUGGAUGAAGCCAAAACUUGUCUUUGUCAGGAACCUUUUUAGAUCAUUGUCAUUGACUAAUGUUGUUACCGUUUUCUGUACGCUGUUUCGUGUAGUGCUGAAGUUGAGUUGUCGUGAUUCGACCACAGUUCCGAGAAUAGAAGACCACGUAUAGCACAUGCUUUCGUCAAACUUACACUGUAGAAUUAUGUUGUGUUGCUGAGCAAGCUAGCAGCAGGUUCAAACUGCUUGCGAGUUGUUGUAUAUACAUGAUCAGCACUCUUUUUGUUUAUGAAAAAUUUCAAAUUAACUACUAAUUGCGUUUCGUCAAUGUCAAUUUGAUGAUGUUGAGUGUACACCACACAAAAUUUUUGCAGAUUUUUGCCACAUUACAAACAAUGAAUCAAGAAGCGGCUGACGCUAGUGAUGCAUUGUUUUGCCGACAACAGGAAUCAAGCAAAUAGACAUAUUGAUAAAGGUGCAGACCUUCCCGUGGUUGUUUGAGGCCUCCCCGCACCGGUGUGUAUUAUCUUGGCAGUAAGCAGCU